CCUCAGAAUUGCAAAUUUUAGAUGUGAGUGUGAUGUAAUUUGCAGCAAUUUGUAAUGUGUACCUUUUUAAUGUAGAAUGAUUAAGUGUCUGACUAAUGUCUGUGAAUGCUCUUUCAUGGAAAAUUAUGUUAUUAUGGCCAUUUUUUAUUCACCUCUGAUUUAAGCAUAUUCUACACCUCUCAUCUUGCAGUAUAAAAUUGAAAAACCCUCCCUGAUGGCUCAAACAUUGAACCUGUCCGUCUGGCACAAUGAUACAUUUGGCCGCAACAGUUUUCUAGGUGAAGUGGAAAUAGAGUUAAAGAAUUGGGAUUGGAGCAACAAGAAGAUGGAUUGGCAUGACCUGAAACCAAGGACAAUUUCAGUUGACAGAACGGGUGAUAGAGGCAGCUUAAAAGUGGCUUUCCGAUACAUUCCUCAUGGAUACAAAGGAAGAAAAACAGGAGAAGUUCAAAUUUGGGUGAAAGAAGCCACUAAUUUACCCCAGAUUAGGCCAAGUCGUUUGGAUCCAUUUGUUAAAUGCUUUAUUCUUCCAGACACGAGCAGAAAAAGUCGUCAGAAGACUCGGGUUGUGAAGAACAGUAGAAAUCCUGUAUUCAAUCACACCAUGGUUUAUGAUGGUUUCAACACUGAAGAUCUUAAGGAUGCAUGUGUUGAGCUUUCCGUCUGGGACCGUGACAAACUGAUUAAUCAUUUUCUUGGAGGACUGAGAAUUGGUCUUGGCACAGGUAAAAGUUAUGGAUUGACAGUAGACUGGAUGGAUUCUACAGAAGACGAAGUAUCUGUAUGGGAUAGAAUGAUGACCCAUCCAAAUACUUGGGUUGAGGACUUGCUCCCUUUGAGAAUGUUGAUGCUCAGCAAAAUGUCAGGAACCUAAACUGAACAUUUAACAAAACCGGAAAAAGUUGUUUUAUAAAUUGGUAUGCCAAAAAAAAUGCCUGCACACUAGUUCUGAUUGUCUGGAACAAAAGUUUUUUUUAAAAGUUUUGCUGUUGUGACCAAUUCUUUGUUCUAGGCUGAGAAGCAAAUAACAUGGAUUUACCUGAACAAAAAUAAGUUUAUUUAAAGUUUAUUAAAGGACAAGCCAAAGCUAUAUGCUGCAAUGUUUAAAAAGUAUAUAUAAUGUUAGAAAUAAUAAUUCAGUUUGUAAUGGACUUCAAUGUUGAAGAUUCAAUUUAACUUUUUCAGUCAGAUGCCACUAUAUUAUAUUGAUGCUGUAAUACAUUAACUACAUUAACAUACAUUACCAGUACACAAUAAUCACAGAAAAUCUGUGCAGUGAUUAUUUUCUGUUGGAGCACUUAAACAAUUGUCAAACUGACUAAUGGAGAUUUUAAGAAAUAUGUAAUUAAAAAAAUUGGGAAUUAAAACGUUCUUCACAAGCUGUUGCACAUAUGUACUGCAGAAUCAGUUACAAAUAUCUAUGUGGUAAUAAAGACAAAACUUCA